CUUGGGAUUGUUAUGGAUUUGAGUCAUAUCUGUAAAAGUAUGUCAAAGUUGUUAUUCGUUUCUUGUUCUUUCACCAUCAACUAUAUAAAAACAGCAGACUGGAUGUGACCCUGUGACCCCUGGUUGCCAGGGAGAGAGCGGUGGUGCCAUGGCUGCUGGGGCUACGGUUGGGGAGAGCCAACUCCAGAGGAUUAUCCGAGAUCUGCAUGAUGCUGUUGCAGAGCUUGCAAAGGAGUACAGGGAAAGUGGGGAGCCAAUUACCGAUGACAGUACCAACCUGCACAAAUUGUCCUAUAAGCUGGAGUACCUGCUACAGUUUGACCAGAAGGAGAAGACCACAUUUCUUGGAACAAAGAAGGAUUAUUGGGAUUACUUCAAUGACUGUCUGGCUAAGAUCAAAGGGGCUAACGAUGGGAUCCGCUUUGUUAAAUGCAUCACUGAGCUGAAGACAUCUCUGGGGAAAGGACGAGCAUUCAUCCGCUACUCCCUCGUACAUCAGCGACUGGCUGACACUCUGCAGCAGUGCCUUAUGAACCAGAGAGUCACCAGUGAAUGGUACUAUGCAAGAAGCCCCUUCUUGAAGCCCCACCUGAGUGUUGACAUAAUCAAUCACCUGUAUGAACUCAAUGAGGUUCAGUUUGAUGUGGCCUCCAGAGGUCAUGAUCUUGACGCCUCUUGGCCCACGUUUGCAAGGAGGACACUGGGUAGUGCAAACUCACCUGGCCACAUGUGGAAACCACCCAGCCGCAGUUCCAGUAUUAACAGUCUAGCCAGCACCUACUCCCAGCAAGCACCUGAGUUCCCAUCUAGCCCUGACUAUGGUCAGGGUCUGCUGAAUGACUUAAACGAGUCUCUGCCUGCCUGCAGAGAAGAUGCAAGCACAGUUGAAGAUCUUCGCUUGGAGCUGGACCAGUCAGAGCUAAAGCAGCGAGAGCUCCUAGAUAAGGUGCAGCAGCUGGGGGAGGAGGCUUCUGAGCUCAGGGGGGUGGUCGUGGAGCUCCAGAGGCAGCUGGAUGUAUCCCUUUCUGCCCAAGAGGAGCAGCAGGACUUACAAGGAGAACUUAAGGCUCUGCAGAGGAGAGAGGAGGCCUUGUCCAAAGAGAUAGAAGAACUCAAAAAUGAGGAAAAAGCCAGGGAGGCUGAAGAACAGUUGCUGCAGGAAAAGUUAGCAGCUGCUGAGGGGAAGAACAUGGAGCUCCUGGCCAAGUUGGACGGGGUUCUGAAUGAGAAGGGCCAGCAAGCAGCCAGUUACUUUGACUCAGCUCAAAAGAUACACGAAUUGUUGGACAGAUUGAAAGAGGCAGAGAAAGGGAAGAUAGAAGCUGUAGCUGAGGUAGAGGAGAAGAGGAGACAAGCAGAAAGGCUAGAGGAGGAGCUGAGGGUCAAGGAGGCAGCUGCAAAGGAUGGUGAAACAAAACUGGGAGCAUUAGUUGCAUCUGCAUCUGAGGAGAAGGCCAAGUUAGAGGCGAAAGUGGAGGAACAGUGCAGUGCCUUUGACAAGCUGCAGGGGGCCUUGACAGUAAGAGAGAAAGAGGCGAGUAACCUGCAAAGGCAGCUGCAGGACCUCCAAAGAUCUCUAGAGGAGAAGGAGGAAGAGGUGGAGGAGGUGAAGAGGAGGGCACACCAAGAUAACGAUGAAAUGCAGAAGAAUCUUGGUGGCUUAAAAGAUUCUUUAGAGGCAGAAGUCGCUGCCCUCACUGAGCAACUGAAGAGGAAAGAGGCAGAGCUCACCUCCAGCAGCGAGACACUACAACAGCUAGAAGCCAAGAACCAAAUCCUGACCAAAGACAGGGACAAACUGACCACUAACAUUGUUGAGCUAGAGGGUAGCGUCAAAGAACAAGUCUCAAAGAUAGAAGACUACAAGACACAGUGUGCCAAUCUAAUGGAACUAAAUGAGAAACUGUUAACCACGGUGAAGAGAAAUGAGGAGCUGAAGAAGGAGAUGGCAGAAAACAGAACAGUGCUUGAAACUGAAUUAGCAGCUCUAAGAGCUUCUGAGAAACAGCUUUGUAGCCAGCUCGAUGAUACCAAGAUGACCGUGGAUGAAAAAGAGAAGCGCUUGCGUGAGGAGAACCACAAGCUAGAUGAGAGUCUGCAGCGAGCCACCAUGGCUGCAAAGCUCUCAGAGGCCACGUCAAAGCGGCUGGAGCAGGAGAACCAGAGUCUGAGAGAGGAGCAGGACACCGUGAAGGCAGCUCUUAGCCGCAUGCAAGCUGACCUGAAGAGUGUUCACGGGCAGAUCGGAGAGUUGGAGAAGAACUUAGGAGCUUCACGCAAGAAUGAAGCAAGCCUCCAAGAACAGCUCCAAGCCAAGGAGGGCCAGCUAGUGAGUAAAGAGAAGAACCUUGUUGAGCUGCAGUCCAGGUUAAGCGCUCUGGAGGCCAGGGAGAGGGAGCUGGAGAUGGCUAAAGCUGAUGCAGAAGCAACCUGUGCUAAACAGACAGAAGUGAUUGAAAGGGUUACCUCUGAGAAGCAGGUAAUGGAGAAAUCUCAGCUGGAGAGGAGCGCAGUCCAAGCAAAGGAGAGCCAGGAAGUGACAGGCAAGCUGGCUAUGGUUGAGGGCCAGUUGGAGGUGAGCAUGAAAGAUGUCUCCAGGCUCCAGGCAGAGAUCCUGGACCUCAGGGUGCAGAUAAAGAGGUCUGAGGAGGAAAAGUUAAAAUCUCAAGCACAGCUGGAAGUGACGGAGGCCCAAAGGGAUGAGCUCAGGACUCUGACUGAGCAGCUUAAAGCCCAGACAGAGGCACUGAAUCAGAGGCAUAUAACAGAGCUGAUGGAGUGCAAAAAGAAAGAAGAGGCUCUGAUUGAACAUCGUGAUAAAGAAGUAGCUGCGCAUGCCGAGUUGGCUAUUUCUGCGGCCGCCAUACGAGAAGAGCUGUCCACCCUCAAGGCAGAAAAUGACAAGCUAACCUCAGACAACAGCGAGAUACGUGAGGGUCUGCACAGGGCAAACACAGAGAUGGCGGAGCUGGGGAUGACCAUCUGUAAGCUGAGUGCAGAAAAGGAGGAGAUCAGAGAGCACUGGGAAGGGGACACUGUCAGGAUUGAAGAGCUAGGGAAAGAGGUGGAGCGAAUAGGGGAGAGCAUGGCAGAACUACGGCUGGAGAAUACCAAACUAAGAGAGGAACUGUCACACAAGGAGGAACUUUCAGAGACUAUCGUGGAUCUCCAGGAGCAGCUGGAAAAGGCCAAGAUCCAAAUGCUGAGCGCUAAAGACUCUAGCCGAGAGGAGACGGACGCUAUCAAGUUCCAAAUGAGCUCUGAGAGCAUGAAUCAUCAGGUCCAGAUGAAGCGUGUGACUGAGCAGCUGGACAAGGUGAAAGCCGAGCUGCAGGAGGAGCUGAAGAAUGUGUCCAGCUUGCAGGCCAAAGUGUCUGAACUGCAGGCUGUGAAUGAGCAGUACUUGCAGCUGACUGGUGAGAAAGAUGCUCACAUCACGAAGACAGAAGCGAUCAUUCAUGAGGGUGAGAGCGAGAUCCAGCAGCUGAGACAUGCAGUAACCAGUGCCGAAGAAGCGCACACGGCUGUGCAAAAGGUCUGCGAGGAAUUGAAGCAGAAGCUGAGCACAACAGAAGCUGACAAAGAAAGCCAGUGCCUGAAGAUGACUGCAGAGAUUGAUGACCUCAACAGAACCAAGACCAACCUUGAAGAGCGGCUCAUCGAGCUUAUAAGGGACAAAGAUGCUCUGUGGCAGAAGUCAGACGCUCUGGAGUUCGAGCAGAAACUGCGAGCAGAGGAGCGCUGGUGGCUAGUGGAUAAGGAGGCCACGCACUGCCUCGGCUGCCAGGGCCAGUUCACCUGGUGGCUGCGCAGACAUCACUGCAGGCUUUGCGGUCGCAUCUUCUGCUACUACUGCAGCAACAACUUUGUGAUGACCAAGCACAGCGGGAAGAAGGAGCGGUGCUGCAGGGACUGUUACACCCAACACAGUGCAGUGGUGGAGAGGUUCACAGAGGCAGAGCUGAGCCCUUCAGACACUCAGCCUCCUCCACCCGGAGCUGGACCACAACCACCUCCAGAACCAGCCCCAUAUAAACCCACGCCCAGGGUCACAGUUUCAGACCCCAGCAACAGAUCUGACGAUGGCGCUUUCGACAUAAUAACAGAAGAGGAAGUGAAUGGCGUGUACGACAGUGACACCACCUCCCAGACCACAGGAGGCUCUCUGGAGGGAGAACAGGACCGACGGCCUCCAGGAGCGGCAGAUAUAGGCGCAGGAGAUGUGACCCCUGAGGAUCCCGAAGAGCAAGUUCCCACGGUUCAGGAUUCAGAAAUCAACCUUCUCAAAUCAGGAGAAGUCACGGUGGCUGUCCCUCUCAGCAUUGAUGAUAUUUCUCAGUUUGGCGAUGGGUCCAGGGAACUCUUCAUCAAGUCCAGCUGUUACAGUGUGAUAACAGUUCCUGUGACUGACUGCGGGCCAACGAUCAGCUGGAUGUUCUCCUCAGAGCCCAAGAGCAUCUCCUUUAGUGUGGUUUACAGGGAGUCCGCUGAUACUCAGGUGGAACAGUCAAAGGUCCUGAUUCCUCUGACUCGCUGCAAUUCCCAUAAAGAGACAAUUCAGGGACAGCUGAAAGUCCGACACCCAGGCCUCUACACACUCAUCUUUGACAACUCCUUCUCACGGUUUAUCUCUAAGAAAGUCUUUUACCAUCUGACCAUGGAGAAGCCCAUAAUCUACGAUGGAAGCGACUUUCCCUGAGAGCGGAUAACGCCCGCUCCCACAGAGGCAUCAUCAUGAUGUUAUGAAGCUCGAGAGAGACCAAGUCUGGAGGUGGCGAAUCAGUGGCUGCUUUUCAUUCAUUUGGCUUUUUUGGUCUUUUGUUCCCAGAACCAGCUUUUAUCCAAGUAUUUUAUGUUUUCAAAAAAUGUCUGUUGCUCCACUCUGUGGUGUUGAUGUUUUGAGGCGCGCUCAUGUUUUAACUGUUACCCAAGUGAAGUGCUGUCAAGAGGUUUUAGAAAAGAAGGAAAUAUUUAUGCAAGUUUUAGUUUUUUUUUGUUUUAAUAUACACCAAGUAACACACAUAUGGUUAGUUGUGCUAGGUUUGAAUUAGUAAGUUGGUUAGUUAGUAAAUAUAUAGUUUUGUUAUUUCUUUCUGUAAUGUUUGUUGGUCUUAUUUUUGGUUUGGCCUCUCUCUGCUAUAUAUGCUGUUAUGUUAAGGAAUGCAGAUAGCUGCAACACCAGUUACACUAUCGGUAUGAAAUACUAUAGAAGACAAAUAAUUAUCUGCACACGUUGGCUAUGAAGACCCAGCAAAGAUUUUUGAAAUUUACUAAACCAUGGCCAGUUUAAAAUGUUUCAAGUGUUGUGCAAUCUUUUAAAUCAAAUGGCCAGAAGAAGCGGAGAAGGUGCAGAUGAGCGGUUUGCCAGUGGCUUGUCUCUGAACACUAUGUUUGCACUUUGCCAGCGCAGGAAGGAAGCAAAGCAGUAACUAGUAACUGGCCUGAAAAAAACACAGUUUCUGUUUGAUAACAAAGCAUAUGCACUGUGUGCAAAUCUCAGGAGCGGUGGUAGCAGUGGUAGCAUCCUUGCUUUCUGCUGAAGGAGACCCAAAAAACAGCUUUCUCCAUCCAGUUUAGAGGAUCUUAUGGCCUGGAGUGCCUGGACUUCCACAGGCUGACUUUAUGUGUCAUGACAUUGACGUUCAGUUAAAGCAUAUUAAUGACUGUCAGCUAACGAGCUACUGUACUUUCAAAGUGCCUAUUAACUGAAAUAGCCAGUUUGCUUUUAUAACUGUAUAUUUUCCGUUGUUAACCACACAGAACAUGACACUUGGUGCGCAUUGGUAAUAUUCUGUGAAAACUUAAUUACAGUUACAUUUCAAUCACAAUAUGCAUAAUAUGUGUUUCGGUUUUAGCAGUUGAAAUGAUUUUUCAGUUUGGAUUUCAUUUGAACCUCUGGACUCUUUUUGUCACAUGUUUAGAUGACCCUCUGCACUGUACUCUCAGUGGGUUUGACUAUGGUGUGCUGUUUAUUGUUCUUUUUGUAGCAAAGCAAUAAGAAAAAAAUCAAGCUUGGUCACUUUGGUGCACAACCGUUCUCUACUUAAUGACACAAGGGCUUAUCUCUAUGCUGCUUAUGUAGAGAUCUCUGUGUGUUUCACGCUCAGAUCUCUUUUAUAUUUUUGACGGGUGUAAAUUGGUGCAAUUUGUAUGCAAAGCCUCAUAUUUUCUCUACAAAGCUGCACUUUGUGAUAAUUAUUUUAUAAAUUUUUGCAAGCAAUAUUAAAUCUGUUAAGUUUACAUGAUCUUUGUCAAAGAAUCCACACAGGGACAGAUUUUUUUCUACUUGCUGUUUCGAAAGGAUUGUUUUAGAGGAGUAAAUUGUGCAUGAAUCAUCGCUACAAGCUCUCAGUGUAACCAGUAAAGAACCUAUCAAAUAUUCAGUCAACAUGAAUAGAAUGUGGGAGCGACGAUGCCUCCGACAUCCACUAAUCUGCGUCUGGUGUUGUGUUUGGCAGCUCGAAACGUCAGAACAAUAAAAACAACACACAAAGUGUUGAAAACAACAAGGCCAGUGUCUCCUCUGUCUGCUCAAUUUUGAUUUAUUGUAGCUUCACAAAGUAACAUCACCUCAGCUGAGCAGUAGCUGAAGACUCCAACGUCAUGUCCGCUGUGGUUUAGCUCUGGGGAUGCCUAAUGCUCCGUCAAUUUGUUGAUUUUUUACUCACUGUGCUGUCAGAGGCUGCUGAGUUAAUGACUUAAUCAGAGCUGAAACAAUUAGCUGAUUAAUUAAUUACCUGAUUGACAGAAAAGCAAUCUGCAACAGUUUUUUUUCCAGUUGACUUUCUUGUAAAAAUGCUGA